UUUAGGUGGGGGGGGGGGGGGGAGCGGUGUUAAAAAAGAAAGAAGGAUCGACAACCACCAAACGUAAGAGCUAACCGCGCCGGGGGGGGGGGGGCAAAAAAAAAGGAGAAUUAACGGCAAAAGAAAGUGCUACCGAGCCAUGGAAGACGCUGGUGAGGAAGCUCGAGGGAUGUCCUGCCUGGAGAAGACCAGCUCCACUCUGUCCGUGAACGACGUGUACGAGAUCGCGCAGCUGAUGGGAGCGGAGCUGGAGAGGCUGAUCGACAGUCACGGCAGGGGGGCGGUGGAGGGUCUGGUCUCCAAAGUGGUCCGGGUCCUGGAGCUGCUGGAAAGCUUCGUGAGCAGGAAGAACGAGAGCAGACAACACCAACAACAGCACCAGCACCAACAGCAACAACAACAGCACCAACACCAGGAGCUCCUCACAGCCAUUGCCUUGUUACAGGCAGAGAAACUCUCAGCCUCCACCACCUCCACCAACACCAACACUCGCUUUAAGGAGCUGGAGAACAAAUCACACGCUUGGCAUAAGAAUGUCCAGGAGCUGCAGAAACAGAUCUCGCAGCUCACCAACGAAAACCAACAGCUGGUCAACCAACUAAUUGGGAGCCAGACCCAGGAAGACAGUCUCUCCAAGAAGGAGCGCGAGGUGAUGCUCAAGUUGAAAGAGGUGGUGGACAGACAACGCGAUGAGCUCCGGGCCAAAGAUCACGAAAUCUACCGCAAGAACGACGACGUGGAGGCACUCCAGCAGCAACUGGACCGGGUUUUGAAGGUAAACAACGACUUGCGGCACAAGAACAGCGUGAUGCAAGCGCAGAUGAAGAGCGUGCUGGAGAAGAAGGCCGAGCUGGAGGUGGCCCUGCAGGAGAGGAACAAGGAGAUAGACCAAGUCAGAUCCACCCUGACUCAGAUCCAGGCCGAGCAAAGCUCAGCUGUGACAAAAUCAGUGCUGAAGGUUCCUGACAUAGACUUGAGUGACAAGAUAAUCGUGGACCUGAAGGACCCGAACCGGCCAUGCUUCACAAAGCAGGAGAUGAGGCAGAUCCUCCAUGAACGCAACGAACUCAAGACCAACUUGUUCCUGGUGCAGGAGGAGCUGACUUACUAUCAGCGAGAGAUCUUGAACGAUGAGAAAUGUCCCGUCUUCUUCAUGGAGACGAUCAAAACGGCCAUGCAAAAGCAGCGGAAGAAGGUCAAGGCGAAAAUGCUGGGCAUCCCGGAGAGCAUGUGCAGCAGCGACGAGGAAGAGAAAGACAACCUCGUGCUCCCCUGCUUCCCACAGGACGAGAUGGACUCCAAACCCCGUGAAUCGAAAAUCCGAACCAUGUUUGGGUUUCUCUAUCGAAAGAACAACAGCAAAGCUUCAGUAAACAGCACCAGCCCAGCCGGAGUUUGGGAAGUCAUCGAAAAGAAUGAAGUCAACUUAUCUCGUGAGGAAUGUUCACAAACCAAAGAAUAAAACUGGGGCAAAUAUCCACAUGUAUAGAUUCUUUCAAUAUAUAUUUAAGCCUUACAACUGCUAUUUUAAAUACUGCCGGAAUUAAAAACAAUCGAUUAAUAAAUGUACAUAGCAAUCAAUUUUUUUUUAUAUUUAAAAAAAAUCUGACAGCACACUGAUCUUAAAUAAAUCACUUGUACAUUAACUUGUAAACAUUUUUUUAAAAGAGGAAAGUUUUUUUUAA